CACCGUCUACAAAAUCACCUACACUUUUAUCAAACAAGAAAGAUAAAGCUCGGCGGCCGCCGCCACCUCCACCUCCAAAUAAGACCGAGAAUGAAGUUAAAGCUGAUAAUUUAUCAGUGUCUCUACCGGACAGUACUUCACUACAAUCGCCGCCAUCCUCUCAACCUUCAAAUGGUAAAAUGCCGUCACCACCACCCUUAAAUUCGGACGGUAAAAUACCGCCACCACCACCACUUCCAAAUGCAGGUGGUAAAAUACCACAACCACCACCUCCUCCAAAUGCUGGUGGUAAAGUACCUCCUACAAACGUAGAUGGUAAAAUACCACCACCGCCACCACUUCCAAAUAUUGGUGGUAAAAUACCACCAGCGCCACCACCUCCAAAUGUUGGUGGAAAGAUACCACCAGCGCCACCACCUCCAAAUGUUGGUGGAAAGAUACCACCGCCACCACCACUUCCAAAUGUUGGUGGUGGUAAAAUACCACCGCCACCACCGUUGCCUUCAAAUGCAGAUAGUAAAAUCCCAUUACCGCCUCCACCGCCAAACUCGAGUGGCAAAAUUCCAUUACCACCGCCUCCUCCUACAAGUGCAGUUGGAAACAUUCCAUCACCUCCUUCGCUAGCUCAAUCCCCCAUAAUUCAUAGUCCGGUUCCUGUACGAUUACCACCCAUAUCAACUAAUAUUCAAUUAAAGCCGCUGCUUUGGGAUAAAAUCCCGCCAAAUAAAAGUUCUCAAACUGUUUGGGUAGAAAUUCCAGAUGGGGAUGUUCCAUUAGACACUGAAGAACUUGAAUUUUUAUUUUCCAAGAACCCAAUUAGUAUUAAAUCUCCAGUAUCUCCACCACCAAAAAAGUCCGUAUUUACAACAUUGAUUGAUAUUAAUCAUUUAGUAAGAGAAUAUACUGGGGAUGUAGGAAUGUUAGGUAAUGCCGAGAAAUAUUUUAGAGAGGUAAUGGAAAUACCAAGACUAUCAGAAAGUGAAACAAAAGCUUUAGAAAAUAAUCCAAAAGGAUUUUCAACAUUGCUCCAUUAUUUAGCCGCGACACUUGAAGAAAAACAGAACGAUUUGAUAUCAUUUAUGGACGAGUUAAAACAUUUAGAAGGGGCAUCGAAGAUUUCAUAUGUUGCAGUUAUGGGAUCCGUUGCAUCUUUGAGUAGUGGGGCUGACCAGAUCAAAGAAGAAAUUAGAGUCUUGAAUAAGAUAAGAUUGACAUCGAAUAAUGAUCGUUUUUGUGAAAUUAUGGAGGGCAUAAAAGAAUUUACGCAACAAUUAGAAGAAAAAUUAAAACAAUUGCUCAUAUACUAUGGCGAAGAUCCUUCUAUUGUCAAACCUGAAGAAUUUUUUGGCAUGAUUGUUGAAUUUGGAAAAUCUUUGGCUGCAAUAAGACGGGAAAAUGAAGAAGAAAGGAAGAGAAUAGAAAAAGAGCAAACUAAUUCCCAGUCACGAUUGGUGGUGAGACGACAAUCCGAUACAUCAAUUAUGGGUUCAUUACUGGACGGGAAAGACUUUGAUAGUGCAAUCCGAGAUUUAAGAUCUGGAUUAAGAAAAAAUCGGGACAGACCCGUUUCAAAAGUUUUUUCUGAGUUACAAUUAGAAGUAAUUUAUUCACAUAGUCGUAAUACUAGUAGUGCAUAUCCUUCAAC